CUAGCUAGCUUGGCUUCUUCAAUGGCUUCUUCGAAUGGCGGGGUGCCUCCUGGGUUCCGAUUUCACCCGACUGAUGAAGAGCUACUCCAUUAUUACCUGAAGAAGAAGGUUAUGUUUCAAAAGUUUGAUAUGGAGGUUAUCCGCGAGGUGGACUUGAAUAAGAUGGAGCCUUGGGAGUUGCAAGAGAGAUGCAGGAUAGGAUCAACUCCUCAGAAUGAGUGGUAUUUCUUCAGUCAUAAAGACAGGAAGUAUCCAACAGGAUCAAGGACCAACAGAGCGACCAAUGCAGGGUUCUGGAAAGCGACGGGCAGAGACAAAUGCAUAAGGAACAGCUUCAAAAAGAUCGGAAUGAGGAAGACACUAGUUUUCUAUAGAGGGAGGGCGCCUCAUGGCCAAAAGACUGAUUGGAUUAUGCACGAAUACCGCCUUGAAGAAUAUGGUGGCGGUAGUGCAGAGGAUCACGCGUCAAACUCCAGUGAGGAUGGAUGGGUAGUAUGCAGGGUGUUCAAGAAGAAGAAUCUGUUCAAGAUUAAUAAUGGUGGGAGUGGGAACAACAACGUUAACAACCAUAUGAACAAUAUUAUUAUUAGCGAUCAUCAUCAUCAGUCGCCGUUCGGAGGAAGCAGCAACUGCGGAUUAUCGCUGACAUCGGAGCACCAUCAGCGACAACAACUCUUAACGCUGAAUGGUGCGAUGACGACCACCACAUCAAGCACCAACCAUAUUGACGACAAUGACGACGAUGAUGAUCAUCAUUCGCAGCUGCAGCAGCCUACACUAGUACCCGGCAGCCGCUAUCACCAAUACCUGCUGCAGCCUCCUCCGAAUAGCACAGUUGCUGCUGCCGCCUCAUAUGACCACCUUCAAGCCCCGCUGGCAGCUGACGACCUAGCCCUUCACUACCCACCUGCGCCGCCUUUUUUCCAGAUGUCCGCAACAAGAUCAACUACUCCCCAUCAUCAUCAGUAUGCUGCUGCUUUUCAGGCCACGUUUUUGCCCCCGCCUACGCCUAUGAUCACAAUGGGCGCUUACGAGGACUACGCCGCUGCAGCAGCCUCCAGCCCCUCUCAGGCCUCUCAUAAUAAUGAUACAACUAAUUCGCCAGACCUUAUGGUCAAACAGCUCAUGACUUCAACAAGCUGCAGCAGGGACGCCCGCCCGGCCGCUGAAAAUGUAAGCUGCAUCGAUUUGAGGCCCUCAUCAUCAUAUCAACCUCUACCUGCAGCUUCUGCUGCUGCAAACUGUGGGUCAUCCGGUGUAGACGCGGCCGCUCAACCAGCAGCAACAGAAGGAAGAAUCCGAGACGAACAAGGAUUGAACCAGUGGCCGGCUAUGCAGACGGUUGACCCCCAGAUGGUGGUGGCGGGGACUAAUAUUAAUAGUGACAACCACCACGACGACUCUUCUUCUAAAGGAGGAGAAUUAGCUGGAGAUCAAGGAGGGCCGGCAGCCGUCAGUAGCAGGUUUGAACACAACCAUGAUCACAACAACAACAACAAUAAUAAUAAUGCAACCUCCGUCAUCCAUAAUCUGUCCUUGCGUGGUCAUGAGAUGGACUUUUGGGGCUACCAGAAAUAA